ACCGAGGAUGGGGGCCGGCUCACAACUUCAAAUAAGUUCACAUCGGACCCGAGGCGCGUUGCUCGCCGGUCUGUCUUUUCCCCCCCAUGCAUGUUCCGCGAUAUCUUGCCUUUGUCUAUUUUUAUUCUAAACUUCUCCUUCCAUCAAUCAUAAUCACUCGACUCACGAUAUCCCAUCCGUCUACUGAUGCAACACAUUGUGUAAAGUCGAGCAAGUUGCUCGACCUGAGCCUUGAAUUUUGAGCGCGUUUUGCUUCGGACAUAGAACUAGAUCCCUAGCUACAAACGAACGACUCGUUUGGAAGCGUAGGGACAUCGCCCUCAACGCGGAGGCGUGUCCGGGUCUCUCCCCGAAACCAAACCCACCCCCCGAGAGCGUCCCCCUCUCACCUUCACACACACCAUGGCCGCCACCGACUUGAACGAGAAGGCCACGGCGCCCACACCGGACCGUGUCCCAUCAGCACGCGGGUCGAGCAACGGGGAUUCGACAGAAAACAGCAACGGGAACCACAAGGAUGUCGCCGUAGACCUCACCAAAGCCGAUACCAAAGUCGUCACGCCUAAAGAUGAAGAAACCGACGCUGACCCCUUCGCCCACCUCCCCGAGCGGGAGGCCAAGAUCCUCAAGGACCAGGUUUAUACACCCGACGUCAAGGUGGGCAUGGCCACGCUCUACCGCUACUCAUCCCGCAACGACCUGAUCAUCCUCGUCGUGUCCGCCAUAUGCGCCAUCGCCUCCGGUGCCGCCCUGCCUCUGAUGACCAUCAUCUUCGGCAACCUCCAAGGGACCUUCCAGGCCUAUUUUACGCCGGGGGGUGGCAUGUCAUACGACGAGUUCACCGGCGAGCUGGCGAGGUUGGUGCUCUACUUUGUCUACCUGGCCAUCGGCGAGUUCGUCACCACGUACAUCGCCACCGUCGGCUUCAUCUACACGGGCGAGCACAUCAGCGCCAAGAUUCGCGAGCACUACCUGGAGAGCUGCAUGAGGCAGAACAUUGGUUUCUUCGACAAGCUCGGCGCUGGCGAGGUCACCACGCGGAUCACGGCCGACACCAACAUGAUCCAAGAGGGUAUCUCGGAAAAGGUCGGCCUCACGCUCUCGGCUGUCGCUACCUUCGUCGCCGCUUUCGUCAUCGGCUUCGUCAGCUUCUGGAAGUUGACGCUUAUCCUGCUGAGCACCGUGGUUGCGCUGAUGCUCUGCAUGGGCACGGGCUCGCGGUUCAUCGUCAGGUAUUCGAAGCAAAACAUCGCCGCUUACGCCCAGGGCGGUUCCAUUGCCGAGGAGGUCAUCAGCAGCGUUCGCAACUCCAUCGCCUUUGGCACCCAGGACCGCCUGGCCAAGCAGUACGACGGCCACCUCAUCCGCGCCGAGAUCUUCGGCUUCAAGCUCAAGAGCACGCUCGGCGUCAUGAUUGCCGGCAUGAUGACCAUCCUCUACCUCAACUACGGCCUGGCCUUCUGGAUGGGCUCGCGCUUCCUUGUGAACGGGGAGGUCCCCCUGAGUAAGGUCCUGAUUGUCAUGAUGAGCGUCAUGAUCGGUGCCUUCAACCUCGGCAACGUUGCGCCCAACCUCCAGGCCUUCACGACGGCACUCGGCGCCGCCGCCAAGAUCUACAGCACCAUCGACCGCCAGUCCCCGAUCGACCCGUCGAGCAGCGAGGGAACCAAGCUGGAAAGCGUAGCCGGCACUAUCCGUCUGGAGGGCGUCAAGCAUGUCUACCCUUCGCGCCCCGACGUCGUGGUCAUGGACGGUGUCUCGCUCACCGUCCCCGCCGGCAAGACGACAGCGCUUGUUGGCGCCUCGGGGAGCGGCAAGUCGACCAUCAUCGGGUUGGUGGAGAGGUUCUACUCGCCGCUCGAGGGAGCUGUGUAUCUCGAUGACGUCGACAUCUCGACCCUCAACCUCCGCUGGUUGCGUCAGCAGAUCGCGUUGGUCUCUCAGGAGCCCACACUCUUCGGUACUACUAUCUACGAAAACAUCCGCCAUGGUCUGAUCGGGACAAAGUGGGAGCACGAGGCUCCCGAAAAGCAGAAGGAACUGAUCGAGGACGCCGCCAGGAAGGCCAACGCCCACGAUUUCAUCAGCUCGCUCCCGGAGGGUUACGAGACAAACGUUGGUGAGCGCGGUUUCCUGCUCAGCGGUGGCCAGAAGCAGCGUAUCGCCAUUGCCCGUGCCGUGGUGUCGGACCCCAAGAUCCUGCUCCUGGACGAAGCUACUAGUGCUCUGGAUACCAAGUCGGAAGGUGUCGUGCAGGCUGCUCUCGAGGUUGCCGCAGAGGGCCGCACCACCAUCACCAUUGCUCACCGGCUGUCAACCAUCAAGGACGCCCACAACAUCGUCGUCAUGUCGCAGGGCCAGAUCGUCGAACAGGGCACGCACGACGAGCUCCUCGAGAAGCGCGGCGCAUACUACAACCUCGUCACGGCCCAGGCCAUCGCGGCGGUCAACGAGAUGACGGCCGAGGAGGAGGACGCCCUCGAGAAGGUGGAGUCGGAAGCUCUCAUCCGCAAGGCGUCGCGCAGGAGCGGGAGCGCCGGCGUGCCCGAAGACCCCGAGGACGACAUCCAAGCCAGGCUCAACCGUAGCCAGUCCCAGCAGAGCGCUAGCUCCAUGGCCCUGGCGGGACGGACCACCGGCGACGCUAAGAAGCAGUACAGCCUCGGGACGCUCAUCAAGGUGAUCGCCAGCUUCAACAGGGAGGAGUGGAAGCUCAUGUUGAUCGGCCUGUUCUUUUCCGCCAUCUGCGGCUGCGGUAACCCGACCCAGGCUGUGUUCUUCGCCAAGCUCAUCAGCGCUCUGUCGGUACCGGUCACGGAGGAGUCGAUCCCUUUCAUCCAGUCCGAGGCGUCCUUCUGGUCCCUCAUGUACCUGAUGCUCGCCAUCGUCAUGUUUAUCGCCUUCGUCUCUCAGGGUGUCGUCUUCGCCAAGUGCAGCGAGCGUCUGAUCCACAGGGUCCGUGACAGGUCGUUCCGGUCCAUGCUCCGCCAGGAUGUCGAGUACUUUGACCGGGACGAGAACUCGGCCGGCGCGCUCACCUCGUUCCUCAGCACCGAGACGACCCACGUUGCCGGCCUCAGCGGUGCGACGCUCGGGACUCUUAUCAUGGUGUUCACGACGCUGAUCGCCGCGUGUGCCGUUGCCCUCGCAAUCGGGUGGAAGCUGGCGCUCGUGUGCAUCGCCACCAUGCCCAUCGUCAUCGGCUGCGGCUUCUUCCGCUUCUGGAUGCUGGCGCACUACCAGCGCCGGGCGAAGCGCGCCUAUUCCGGCUCGGCGAGCUACGCGUCCGAGGCCAUCACGGCCAUGCGCACCGUGGCGGCGCUGACGCGCGAGGACGACGUCAUCAACCAGUACAAGGCCUCGCUCGCCAUCCAGCAGCGGUCCAGCCUCAUCUCGGUGCUCAAGUCCAGCAUCCUGUACGCGGCGUCGCAGUCCUUCAUGUUCCUCGCCUUCGCGCUCGGGUUCUGGUACGGCGGCACCCUGAUCGCCAACUACGAAUACUCCAUGUUCCAGUUCUUCAUCGUCUUCGCGUCCGUCAUCUUCGGCGCGCAGUCGGCCGGGUCCGUCUUCAGCUUCGCGCCCGACAUGGGCAAGGCGGUGGAGGCGACGCGCGAGCUCAAGACGCUCUUCGACCGCAAGCCCGUGGUGGACACGUGGGCGGCCGACGGCGAGAAGCUCGAGGCGACCGAGGGCAACAUCGAGUUCCGCGACGUGCACUUCCGCUACCCGACCCGGCCCGAGCAGCCCGUGCUGCGCGGCCUGAACCUGUCCAUCCAGCCCGGCCAGUACGUCGCGCUCGUCGGCGCGUCCGGGUGCGGGAAGUCCACGACCAUCGCGCUGCUCGAGCGCUUCUACGACCCGCUCGCCGGCGGCAUCUUCAUCGACGGCAAGGAGAUCAGCAGCCUCAACGUCAACGAGUACCGCAGCUUCAUCGCGCUGGUGUCGCAGGAGCCCACCCUCUACCAGGGCACGAUCCGCGAGAACAUCGUACUCGGCGCGCCGGGCGAGGUCUCGGACGAACAGAUCAAAUUCGCCUGCCAGGAGGCCAACAUCCACGACUUCAUCCUGUCGAUGCCCGACGGCUUCAACACCGUCGUCGGCUCCAAGGGCGCGCUGCUCAGCGGCGGGCAGAAGCAGCGCAUCGCCAUCGCCCGCGCCCUCGUCCGCGACCCCAAGAUCCUGCUCCUCGACGAGGCCACCAGCGCCCUCGACUCCGAGAGCGAGCACGUCGUGCAGGCGGCGCUCGACAAGGCUGCCAAGGGCCGCACUACUAUUGCCGUUGCCCAUCGCCUGAGCACCAUCCAGAAGGCCGAUAUUAUCUAUGUGUUCGACCAGGGGCGCGUCGUGGAGCAGGGCACCCACGGCGAGCUCAUGAAGCGGAAUGGCCGCUAUGCGGAGCUGGUUAACUUGCAGAGCUUGGAGAAGCAUAGCUGAUGAUGGGGUUGGGUUGGGUGUGAUGAAGCAUGCAUGUGAUGGAAGGGGGUGGGUAGAAUGGGGUAAUUAAUGCGAAAGAUAUCAUUUGUAUUUUUGGGCGUUUGGGUAGCAGGGCGGCAUAUGUCAUAACUUAAGAUAGACAGAGACGACAGGGCUGGGAGUUGGAACGGGGGUCAUGGAUGGGUGUAGGAUGUGUAUGACUAUUUACACUACAUCUCCGCAUCACACUGCACGUAACAUUAUAAUCAGCUUCUUUUAGCUUGACUGGGUACGAAUGUGG